AGGAGAGUUUUGAGAGACUAGUGGCAGCCCUCUUUUGGGCAUUAUUGGAGAUCAAGAUUGAGGUUCUAUCAACAAUAGAAGAUCAAGGAGUUCGAUUUCCUCAAAUUAGGUCUAACUAUGAAUCGAGUUGCCAUAGGUACUUAUGUGAGUUAUCAUUGGCUUGCGCCAGAGAUAAGAGCACAAGUUGAAGCAAUAACUAUCAAUUGGGAUGCAGAACUUGACAAUGAUGAACUUGAACGAAUUCAAGUAGUCAUUGAAAGGAUUGAAUUAAGGAAGGCUCGAAUAGAACAAUCAAAUAUCACUUGUGAAUGUCAGCAGUAUAAUUCUUAUCCCAAUACAUGCCAUUUUGAUCCAAACACCUCAUGGAAUGAUGAAGAUAUAUAUGAACCACAAUCAGGGUUUCAAGCUCCAGAAGAGGAGACAUGUUUGAAUAAAAAUCUGGAGGUUCAAUCAAGUCAUUUGCUCAACUUAGCUGCUGAAGAGGUACAAGGACAACUUGAAGAAGUGGAAAACAUGCUUGCAGAAGCUAAACAAGAGGAUGUCCCUAAGGAGGAAGAGGAAAAAGCUAAAGUGUCAUUUGAAGUGUUCAAUGGGGAGUCUCCUUUAACCAAAUCUGAUUUUAAUUAUUAUUUUGUUAUUGAUAUGGUUGAUGAGAUUUUGCAGAAAAACACUUAUAAGGAUCCAUUUGAGAUUUACCUUAUUCAAGCAAAGAACCCAAUCAAAAAAUACAUAAAUUGCUUGAACACGUCAUCUUCCUUGGAAUCAAAGGGGGCACUUCUAGAAGAAUUGGGAAGGCACAUCUACUGGCCUAAACCUAAACCACCUCAAAAUCGUCAUUGGAGAAAAUCUUAUGGUGGAUUCAACUUUUUUUUUUUUGAACAGCAUGGUGGAUUCAACUUAAGGGCAAGAAAGCCAAGAUUUAAAAAAACGAGAGGACAUGCCCUACGACUUGAUCCAAAACCACCUUGGAGUGGUAGAAAGUCUAGUUAAUGACUAUAAAAUAAGCACUUCUUGGGAGGCAACCCAAGCAUAAAAUUUUUCUUUUCUUUUGUUUCUUUGUCUUUUAUUUUAAUAGUUUAGAUUUUUUUAAAAAAUCAUUUUCUUUUUA